AAGUACCCCAAUGAAGAACCUAUGGUUGGCAUUAGUGUCAAGAACUGCACCUUCAUCAACACCCAGAAUGGCGUCAGAGUGAAGACAUGGCCUGCUUCUCUCAUCAAGACACUACCUCUGAAAUGCAUCUUGAAGAUAUUGUCAUGAAUAAUGUUGGCAAUCCCAUAAUCAUAGAUCAAAAGUAUUGCCCCCAUAACCAAUGCAACUUAAAGAGUCUAUCACGCAUUAAGCUCAGCAAUGUUAGCUUCAGAAACAUCCAGGGCACUACCUCAACUCAGGUUGCUGUCAAGCUUGUUUGCAGCCAAGGAGUACCAUGCCAAGAUGUCGAGCUUGGUGACAACAACGGAAAUGAAGGCCUUGCCAUGUCACAAUGCAAGAACAUUAAGCCAAAUCUACUGGACAAGCAACUGCCAAGGACUUGUGCCUAAGAUGCUUAAUCUUCUUCCAAAGUCUGAACAAAUUGUACUGCUUCUAUUAUAUAGCUACCUCUUCAUGCUCACGCAUCUGCUAUUUUAUUGGUGAAUAAACUACAAUGAACAAACAAUGAUAUGAUACUCGGCUAUUAUGGAAGGUAUGUGCAGUUUGACCCCAUAAGAAAAAACAAAUGUCUAUUUAGUCUUUUGCUGCUAUAGUACAAAUUGAAGCUCCAAAGAAUAAUGUUAAUGUAAAUUAUUUAAUGUUAAUGCAGUUUGGAUGAGAAAAUGCAGUCAAGUGAAUUAAAAUUC